AUGGGGCGCGGCGCGGCCGGGAGCCGGGAGCCCGGAGGCGGCAGGAGGCGGGGGGCGGGCCCGGGCCGCGAGGCGCUUCCUGCCCGCGCCAGCCGCCCCCGGCCCCGGCGCCCCGGCCCGGCUCAGCAGCGCGGCACAGCCCGGGGGCGGGGCGGGGGCGGCUCCGCGGUGGACACGCCCCGGCCCCGCCCCGGCCCCGCCCCGCGCUCGCCCCGCCCCGCCGGCGCGGCCGCCCCGCCCCGGCUGUCGGAGGGUCGCGCAGCCCGCGACCUCCGGGACCCCGGCGCCGCGCCCCGCCCGGAUCGCCUGCCCCUCGCGCUCCUUCGUCCCUCUCGGCCGCCUGGCCGGUGUCGCCGGCGCUCCUCGUCCUCCCUCUCUCCCUGGCUGGGCCUCUCCCCCCACUUCUCUCCCCGGGCGUGCACCCCAAACUCCGCGCGGCCAAGGGAGAAGACGGGCUCACUGGCCAUUCAUCAGAUGGGGAAUGCCAAGGGCGCAGCGGCCGGGGCGCCUGGCCUGGCCCCACGCGGCCCCUUUGUGCUCCGCGAGGCGGAUAAUGGACGGCAUUCUCAGACGGCCAGUCAUGGCUCUGUGCCUGUCAAAGGCCGGCCGGCUCCACACUGCGGCCUCUGUGCAGCGCCGCGCGGGGGCAGGGCCGCCCGGGCCCCCACCCACAUUCCCAGGCCGCCAGGCGACGCGGCGCUGCCUGACCGUGUCCCCAGGAACCGCAGGGAGGCCGCCGGGAGGGAGUCGUGUGGGCGGGUCCCCGCCAGCCCAGACCACGCGCUGGGGACCCCACGCGGAGGACGGGUACACUGA